AUGGCCAACACCGGCCCCCCAACCCAGUCCAAUGCUCGCACCUGGAUGAUCAUUGUCGGUGCAUCCACCAGUUUAUUCUGCACCGUCGGCUUCAUGAACUCGUUCGGCAUCUUUCAGGAAAUCUACGUCGCCGAUAAGGCCCACAAGGGCUUAUAUCUUGCGCACGGAAACCCAUCGACCGUCGCAUGGCUAGGUGCCGUGGCAAUUCUGUUUCUUUUUGGAAUUUCCCCUGCUGCUGGUGUUCUCAUGGACAUCUUUGGUCCAAAGCUCCUUACCUGCGCCGGUGCCAUUGGUAUGGUCUUCAGCAUUAUGAUGAUCUCCCUCUGCCGAGUGUUCUGGCAGUUCCUUCUCGCUCAAGGUGUCCUCCUCGGAAUUUCCAUGUCCCUGGUUUCAUGGCCCAUGCUGGCCCUCGUCGCCAAGAGUGUCAAUCCGAAGAAUCGAGCUGCCGCCAUGGGCAUCGUGCUCGGUGGUUCCUCGCUAGGCGGAAUCAUUUGGCCUAUCGCCAUCGACCAGAUGCUGAAGAACCCCAGUCUCGGCUUCCCCUGGACCAUGCGAAUCGUCGGAUUCAUCAUGAUUCCCCUCUUCAUUGUUCCCUGUGCUGUUGCAAGCGCACCUCCUCCUCCCCCGGCCCCCGCAGCGACAGACCCCAUCGCAAUUAGUGAUUCCGAAACAGAGGUAUCUGCAAGGGAGGACCAUAUGGAGCGUGGAAAGCAGGAUGCCGAAAAGCAGGCCACAGCCACACAGAACACCGUUGACCUAAAAGAGGAGCGCAGGAAGCUGUUCAAGAAGCCGGCGAUGUGGUUUCUUUGCCUGGCCUUAUUCUUCACCUACUUCGGAAUGUUCAGCCCGUUCUUCUACAUUACCACAUAUGUAAUCGCCAAGGGCUUCUCUUCCACUCUUGCCUUCUACACGAUCUCCAUUGUGAACGGUGCCUCGUUCUUUGGCCGUGUGAUCCCCGGCAUCCUGGCCGAUAAAUACGGCAAAUUCAACCUGAUCAUCCUGUCCACCCUCCUUGCCGGCAUCAUCGCCAUGUGCUGGACCAAGGUGACAUCGGUUGCGGGCUUGGUGAUCUGGAGUGCAGCCUAUGGCUUUGCAUCAGGUGGAAUUCUUUCGCUCCAACAAGCCUGCGCCGCACAAGUGUCCGGCCCACACACCAUGGGCCUUGCCAUUGGCUCCGUUGUGGGAGCAACUGCUCUUUCUGCAAUGGCCAACAUUCCGAUCAGUGGAGCACUGGUCUCCAAGCAUGGCUGGAUCUCGAUCUCCAUGUUCUCUGGAUCCACGCUGCUCCUUGGCGCUGCUCUUCUGAUCCUCGCCCGUCUUGCUCUAAACCCCCGCGUUUACGCCAUUGUCUAA